UUGCUGAGCCAAUUCCUAAUGUGACAGUAACUGUUGGACGAGAUGCCUUACUGGCUUGUGUUGUGGACAAUUUAAGAAAUUACAAGGUGGCAUGGGUACGUGUGGAUACUCAGACGAUAUUAUCGAUAUAUCACAAUGUAAUUACACAGAAUCCAAGGAUAAGCUUGUCUUACAACGACCACAGAUCAUGGUACCUCCACAUUCGAGAAGUCACUGAGGAAGAUAGGGGCUGGUACAUGUGCCAAGUCAACACUGAUCCUAUGAGGUCAAGGAGAGGAUACCUUCAAGUCGUAGUGCCACCUCAAAUCAUCGAAUCGCAAACGAGUUCUGAUCUGGUUGUUCGCGAAGGAUCCAACGUGUCAUUGUCUUGUAAAGCGAGAGGAUAUCCUGAUCCUUAUGUCAUGUGGAGGAGGGAAGAUGGAGAUGAAAUGUCCGUUUCAGGUGACACAGUGAACGUAGUUGAUGGUGAAAUUCUAUUUAUUACCAAAGUUAGUCGCUUGCACAUGGCGGCUUAUCUCUGUGUUGCUUCAAAUGGGGUACCUCCUUCUAUAAGCAAACGAGUUCAACUUCGAGUUCAAUUUCCGCCGAUGCUAUCAAUCCCCAAUCAGCUCGAGGCGGCUUUUCAGGGGCAAGACGUCACAUUGGAGUGUCACACGGAGGCUUAUCCGGCCUCUAUCAAUUAUUGGACCACAGAACGAGGGGAUAUGAUUAUAUCAGAGCCCAUAUUAAAAGUUCUAGGUGAUAAAUAUGAAACAGUAUCAGCUCAUAGUGGUUACAGUAAAUACAUGACUCUCAAAAUAAGAUCUGUUGGUCCUGACGAUUUUGGGUCAUACAGAUGUGUAGCCAAGAAUUCUUUGGGCGAAACCGAUGGACUUAUUAAAUUAGAUGAAAUACCAGCACCGACAACAGUUCUAACCACCGAAUCACCAUCAAAUAGAUCUAAAGGCAAGACUGGCAAACAUCGUUCGAGGCUCAGAGCUCGUCCAUCCGAAUCUAAUCAGAAUCAAAUCGAAAGUGGUGAUUAUGGUGUUGAGGAAUGGCGAGAUAUAUCGAAAGAUGAUUAUUUAAGUGGAGAUUACGGGUCUCCAAGCAGAGGUCCUCCAUCUGCAAGACAUAGACCCUACCACAAUGGUUCUACGACUCAUUUAAAGUUUAAUUUUAUUCUGACGAUAUUCACGUCGAUUUUACUAAUAUUUUUGCUGCCAACUAUGCGAUGACUGCCAAUUUAACUUCUAAGUUUUUAAAAACUGUUACAUAUAUAACUCUAUAUAAGU